AUGCUAAAAAGAAUGUAUUAGUAAAUUAGUUAACUUUUGAAUGGUGAAAUACUUUAGAUUAAUUAAUAGAGGAGUUAGAUAGUCAUAUUUAGGAUAAUACAAUUAUCAUAAUAUUUUUCAAUAAUUAUGCCGUCAUACAAGAAUAAACUAGACAGUUUUCACUUCACUUCACUUAUUACCAUAUUGAAAACAUCAUUAUUGGAUUAUGAUAGUAUUCCAAUCUUUUUAGGUUAUAUUUCUAGUGCCAUAAGCAUUACAAUCUUAAUUUAUAUACUAAUAUUAAGUUGUUUGAACAUAAAAUAAAUUGCUAUUGUUAAAAAGAUCAUACUAAUUUAUGUUGGAUUGCUUCCUUAAUAUUUCUGUUAUUUAUAAAUAUCUAUAACAUCACAUACAUUAUUAAAAUUAGAAAAUAAUUUAUUUGAAUAAAUGCUAGGAACUAUAACUAUUAUAAUAAUAUUUAUUCAAUCUUUUUUAAGCUUAUUGUUUAUGAGGAAUACUUAUUUUAGUUAAACUAUAUUAUGUAGAGAUUUAACAAUAAUAGGUUUAAUAUCUCAAAUAAUGAAAUUUAUGACAAUUUUAUUUUACUUUUACAAUAUUGAUAGUAAUAAUACUCUCUAUAUAAUAACGUUGAUAUGUGCCCUAUUAUGGACAAUAUCAGAAGUAGCUGAUAUUUUAUACUAUUUUCCUUAUUGUUUAUCUGACAAUUAAUUUUAAUUUUGUUUAAAUUCAAUUAAAAUUAUAAGUACCAUAAUGAUGAUACUGGAUGCAUCAAUAGAAUUUGAAUAAGCAGUGAUAAUAUAUUAAUUAAUACUGAGUGUAUUGGGAUAUUAUGCUAGUAGAUAGGUUUUUCGAGUUUUUCUCUAUAAUAAUUGCUUUAAUCUCUUUUCUAAAGCAAUUUCUAAGGAUUAACAAUCUCUUUAUUUGAAAAUUAUUCUAUUUCUAAAGGAUUAGUAAAAAGAGUAGAGAAAUAUUUAUCAGUCCUUUUUAAGUUGUAAUGUGUUGAAUUUGCAUAAAAAGUAUUGUGAAUAGAAUUGCUAAGUAAUAAUUUAUUUUAACAAGGCAUAAGUAUAUACAAACAUUCUAGAAUGCUUAAUAUCAAAGAUUUUUUAAAAUGAGGAGGAGUCCCUUUUUCUUUAUAAAAUUAGUUAUAUAGCAUUCAUAAAGAAAUAAUAUUCAUUGAGCUUAAUGAAAAUUAAAUAGUAUCAAAUAUUUAAUGGGCAUACUCAAACUUGGUACUUUAAAUUAAUGGUUCUUGAUAUUACUAAAAAUAUAGAACGAGAAAUUUAAUAAGUUCUUUAUAAUAGUAAUAUAGCUUAAAAUUGGAAUAGAUAUACUUAUUUAACAUCAAAGGAUUUAGUUGAAUUUGAACAAUAAGAAAUUGAAUUAAUGCCAAUGAUUGAACAAUUGAUAAAUAAAAAAAUAGAUAUUUGGUAAUCACAAAUAAGAGGAUUUAAAAAUAUCUAUGAUUUGUAAUAUAAGCUAAUUAAUUUUGCAAAAUUAAUUGAUUAAAUAAGAAAACAAUUAAGUAAUAUAUUUGAAAAAGAUAUUAACGAUAUUAGUAUUAGUUUAAUAAACAAUAUUUAUCAUCUUAGAAUUUUAUCGUUAUAUUAUUCAUUAAUAGUGAAUGAUUAAUUGAACAGUUAUUUAUGCGAAAAAUAAAUUCAAGUUGUUUAUUAUUUUGAAUAAACACUUAAAUAAAAUGAAUUAACUUCUUUAGCUUUAAUUACUGAUAAAAUUUCAGUGGUUGCUGUAAGUCUUGUUAAAAAGUAAGGUGAAAUACUAAACAAGAAUAAAUAAAAAAUAGGGAGUUUGUUUGGAUAUCAUAAAAGCAAUGAAUAUAAUGCAUUAUUAUCAGUUAAUUAAAUUAUACCUGAUUUUAUUGGUAGUAUACAUAAUGAAAUGUUAACAGAAUUUCUAAAAAAAGGAUAGUCAUCUUUUUUUGUUUAAUUUAAAACAGUUUUUGGUAAAAAUAAAGAUUAUUUUAUAAUGCCAUUAUAAUUAAAAUUUUCAAAUGACUUUAAUUUUGUGGAUGAUUUUGUAAUAAAAGGAGUCAUGUAUUAAGGACAAAAAUAAUAGGAUUUUAUAUUAUUUGAUGAUCAAGGACAUAUUUAAGGAAUUACUAAAUAAUUUUAUGAAAUUUUAAUUCGAGAUAAUUAUAAAUCUUAUAAAAUAGAUUUAGAAUAAUUAACUAAAUAAAUGUAUAUUUAUUACUUUAUGCCUGAAAUCUUUAAUAUUAUUUAAGAAUAUUAAUAAUAGAAAUAACACAAUUAAUUAGUUUAAUUUUUAGAAGACACUCAAUUUAUAGUGAUAUAAAAUCUAAUGGAAUUUCAUGAAGAUUUUUCAAGAUCAAUUAAAAAGUUUACAAGACAUACAGUUACUGAUCCUGCUUUAUAUGCAUCUAGUUAUACUAAUUGUUCUGAGUUGACAAAUAAUAAUGUAAAAACUAUGAUGAGAAGAAGAAUGUAUACAGAAAUAGAUAGAAAUUUAAUAAAUCAAGAUUUUGCAAAAAGUGCCAUAAAAUUUAUAUAUAAUAAUGUAAUUUUAAUGAUUAUGAAUAGCUUGACAAUUAUGUGACUUAUUUCAUAAAAUUUCAAUUAUAAUAUUAUCCUAUUCAGAAUGAGAAAGUAAAAGGUUUUUAUAUACUAGAAAUAAUAGAUUAUAGAAAAAAUUAUGAUAAAAAGGUAGGAAGUGAGGCUGUGUUUAAAGAUGUUGAGUCUUAAAUGAAAUAAUCAAUAAAAAUUUAAAGUUAAUUUAUAUAAAGAGUUUAAAAUUAAAUUGAAUUUGAAGAAAUUAAUGUUUGUUAAGUAGCUAAAUCUAAUACAAUUACUACUGAUAAUAUAAGAUUAGACACAAAUGGAAAUACAAGUAAAAGAGUUAUUUUUCUUAAACCUGAAAUUUAAAGUCAACUUAAUGAUUUUGCAGGAGUAGAGAAAUCAGAAUCUAGUUCUGAAGAGAAAUAGGAAGAUUACUUUUCCCCUCCAUAAUCAAAUAGAUUAUAAUUUUGUAAGGAGAAUGAUAGUAUUCAACCUAAUUAACAAAGUGUUAAAAAUUAGAAAAGGAAUAUUAGUGAAAUGGAAAUGGCAAUAAAUUAAAGCUAAUCUAGUGGUGUUUCAAGAUAAUCAAGUCGAACUAGCACCUAUUUCAAUAAUCUUUUUUUAAAUAAAAUCAGAUAUACAAAUAAUAUAAAGGCAAUAAUCUUUAUAUGUAUUUUAACUGUAACAAUAAAUCUAUUUUUGUGCAUAUUUAAUAGCAUAAAAUUAUAUUCUGGUUAUUAGAACUUCUAAACCAUAACUACAAAUAUGAAGGUUCCUAUGAAUUUAAACAGAUAUUAUUCUAAAACUGCAACACUUGCUUGGAUCUCUAUAUGCUCUAAUUAUAGUAUAUUAAAUAUUAGUUAGUUUUAGAAAAAUUAAAAUUAAUAUCAGUUGAAUUAAAUUAAUCAAUUUAUUUUAGGCAAUGUAUCUUUAAUCUAUCCAUCUUUAAUUGAAACUGAAGAGUAGAUACCAUAUAUAAAUUAAUCUUUAGGAUUAUAUCACUAUGAAGAAGUAACGCUUACCUAAUUUAUAGAUUACAUGAAUUUUUUCACUAAAUAAAUUUUGGUAAAUAAAGAUAUUAAUACAGAUUAUAUAGAGGCUAUGAUUAUUUUAAGAUAUAAUGUAAAAAACAUGAGAAAUAUCACAAUUUAAAUUAUGGAUUAAUUAGAAACUCAAUUUGAAUUAGAGAGAGAUUUCUAAUUAUCUAAUCAACUGAUUGCUAUUAUUACAAACUCUCUUUUAAUGCUACUUUUAUAUACUGUUUAAUUCAUAUUUUGUUUAAAAAUUCAAAUUUAAAAUCAGACACUAUCUUUAUUAGUAGGAAGAGUAAAAGAAUAAGAAAUAAUGAAUGAGAUUGUAAAAACAUAGUAUCUUUUAUAAUCCUUAAAAAAUAUUGCUGGUGAAGAUUCAUGGAAAAGAAUCAAUUUUUGGUCUUAUAUUUUUUAGAAUGAUUAUGAUAAUGUAUACAAAGCCAGAUUAAUUUAAAAUAAAACAAAUAGAACUUCUAAUUUAAAUUCAAGAAUAAAACACAUAAGAAUUAGAUUUAAAUUUGAACUUUUAAAAUUAAUCAUCUUUUUAAUAAUAUAUUUGUGCUUUAUUUGGGGAUUAUAAAUAUUAUAUUCAACUUAAACUGAAUAAAUGACUCCUAUUGUAGAAUUAGAAGCAUAAUAUGUAAAAUUUAGUGUGAAUAUUGAUAUUCUAGUUUUCAGUGGAUUAAUUAUAAAAUCUCAACCUCAGUUAUACUAAAAUUUUAUUGAUAAUAAAAUAUUUUCGGAAAAAUAGAUAAAUUUGUUUGAUGAUGAUAAUCAAAUUAUUGAACUAUUUAAUUCAUUAUAAACUACAUUUAGUUUAACAAUGAAAUCUUUAUUUAAUGAUGUCAUUUCAACUUUACCAUCAAGUGAUGAUGUUAGUAAUUUAAAGAAAUUAAUUGAUUCAGAUGUAUGUUUAGUACUUUAUAAUGAAAUUCCAUUCUGUUAAUUUUAUAAUAUUUCUUAAGUUGAAUUUAUUAAUAAAUAUGGAUAGUUUUAUGAAUACGAUAAUGACUUAGAUUAUUUAAAAAGUGGAAUUCUAGGAAUAAUGGCCAAAUAGGCAAGCUUUUAUUAAUAAAAUUAUGGAUAUGAAAUUGAAAAUGUAAAUUUUAAUCCAAACUAAAAUGAAAUCAAUUCAGUUUAUAAUGCGAUUGAAUUUCAUUAAAUAAUUUUAUCUCACUUUAAAGAUUCGUAUCUCUGUUUUGUAAAAUUUUUAGCACUUCUCACUAAAAAUAUUUCAGAUAUCAGAUACUCUGAUUUCAUUAUUUUGUUACUCUAUAUUUACAUUGCAGGAUUACUAUAUUUCAUUUUAUAUAUAAUAUUCUACUAUUUUUGGAUAAAGAAAUCCAAUAAAUAUAUAAGAUCUUUAAAAUUAAGUUUAGUUGUUAUUCCAAAUGAAUAAUUAUUCAAUAGUAGCAUUAUCAAUAUAUUAAGAAAAUUUGAUUGA